AUGGUCGAAUCGAAGCCCCAUCCGUGGUUUGAUCAGGAGCUCAAGCUUAACCUGACUCCGUGCGACUCAUGCGGCGUUUCAUGCGACCUGCUCGAGAAGCCCGCUCCGACAGGAGAGUACGUCCCAGGCGGAGAUUUUGAAAUAAAAUCGCGCACCGACAACGUCGUUCUCAAGCAUGAGGAUAUCUGCGAGUCUUGCCUGGUACUAGCCAAGACAGCUAUCAUACUAAGACCGUCUCUCUACAAGCAGGGCUUUUCCGACCCCAAGCCCUUGCUUGCAGAUUUUACGAGUGGACCACUUGAGAAGCACCCUCCUCGAACGUUGCAAGGAAACAUUGGAUCCAUGAAGACAGAGAUUCCAUGGAAGGCCCUCUCUUCUCUUUUCAAAGAUGCCAUUUGGCUCUGCAGACAGCUUGGCAUCAAGUAUACAUGGAUCGAUUCUCUCUGCAUUGUCCAGGACGAUGACACCGAUUGGGAGGUUGAAGCAGCCAAGAUGGCGCAAUAUUACUCUGAAGCAAGGAUUACCAUCGCCGUCGACUCCUCUCCUGAUGGUACGACUCCGUUUCUUUCUCAAAGGGCUGAGCGAUGGCAACCUCAAACAUCCUCAUCUGCCCCGUGCUUGAUCGUGCGAGAACACUAUGACAGGACGAUGGAGACAUACCUACCGGGGACGAUAAAACUACCGUCUUACUUCCCCGAGGCGCGCCACUGCCUCCCGACCCGAGCUUGGGCAAUGCAAGAGUCCUUCUUGUCGACUCGAGUUGUUCAGUUCACCCCCUCCGACAUCACAUGGGAGUGCGACGGAAUGGCCGUCUCCGAGGAUGGGUUCGAGAGCCACGAGCCAUCAAGGCCAUCCUUUACUGCUUGGAUCAAUAUCAAUGCAUAUUAUCAGAGAAUGGCGAUUUGGAAGUUAUGGACGAGAGUGGUUGAAGACUUCACAGGUCGCGAUAUCACCUAUGCGACCGAUCGACUCCCGGCACUGAGUGGCAUGGCUUCUCGUUUUCAGAGUAUUAUAUUUGGCCGAUACUUGGCUGGAAUAUGGGAGAGCUAUCUCAUAGAAGGUCUUUCUUGGAUAAGACUACCGCAGGGCGAGCGCGACAUUCGAGCGCCAGGUAACAAGCUCGCUCCAACGUGGUCGUGGGUAUCGAUGAGCGAGAGAGCUCGUGUGAUGUUUCAUUUUGACCUUGGCAUACCCAAGUUACCUUCUAAAUUUCGCCCAGAGGUUCUAGAAGUCCACUGCGAAACUUCAAAGAGCGCACCAUUCGGUCGGGUCAAGGGUGGGCACAUGUCUAUCAAGGCGCCGUUGUUCAAGGCCACCCUAACCUAUGGCGAUCGCUCAAGCCCUGAGCGAUUGAAAUACAUGGUUUCAAUUAUGGGAAGUGAUGAUGGCGAAGAACCGUACACCUCUCACGAUCUCGUUGUGGAUUAUUCGCUAUCAAUUAAAGAUGGUAAUGCUCUCAGAGCGCCUGAUGAGGACGUCCCUGAGUACAUGACAGACCCGGCUUCUUUCACGGCAACGGCUUGGAUCAUGUGGCUGGGAAACGGGGCUCUGGUUCUAGGACAGGAUCUUGAUUCCAAGGCAUUUCAGAGACUCGGAUACCUGGCCACCUCCCACCCGAGUUCUCGGGUACGGAGCUCACCUAUUGAUGAUCCUCAGCGUUGGACAAACUCACUCAAGGAGGCAGUGAUACAGCUUCAACUCGUGUAA